CUCACGCGCCGCUCCUCCGUUAGUUUCUCCUUGGGCCGCGUGCGCGCGCCAGCCCUCCCUAAGCAACCGCCGCUCGGCCUUGUUUACGGCAGCUGGAAAAGGGACGUAAAAGCGCCGCCUGGGCGAAGAGGCUGGUUGAGAUAAACCAGGAUCUUAACGAUCUUUUACAGCAGUUCACACCUAUCAAACUUUCAAGGUUCAAAAAUCCAUGAGUGGGAAUCGAUCCCUGAAGAAACGAUGUGGGGAGUUGCAACUAGAAUCCCCUGUGCGUUAUGGCCAUGUCCCAUCUGGAGGAUGUUCACUGAGCAAGUUGAUUCAGUUACCUACACCACCUUUGUCAAGGCACCAGUUAAAACGAUUAGAAGAACAUAAGUAUCAAAGUGCUGGAAGAUCACUGCUUGAGCCAUUGAUGCAAGGUUAUUGGGAAUGGUUAGUCAGAAGAAUACCAGCUUGGAUUGCUCCUAAUCUCAUUACGAUAGUUGGACUGAUAAUAAAUAUAUGUACAACCGUAAUAUUAAUAUUCUACUGUCCAACAGCUACAGAGCAGGCACCUUCGUGGGCAUAUAUUGCAUGUGCUUGUGGUCUUUUCAUAUACCAAUCUUUGGAUGCUAUAGAUGGGAAACAAGCAAGAAGAACGAAUAGUAGUAGCCCUUUGGGAGAGCUUUUUGACCAUGGCUGUGAUUCACUGUCCACAGUCUUCGUGGUUUUGGGAACGUGUAUUGCUGUGCAGCUGGGUACAAAUCCUGACUGGAUGUUCUUCUGCUGUUUUGCUGGGACAUUCAUGUUUUACUGUGCACACUGGCAGACCUAUGUUUCUGGAACAUUGCGCUUUGGAAUAUUUGAUGUUACAGAGUCUGAACUCUGUAUUAUAAUAACUCACCUUCUCACAGGAACUCUGGGACCUGGGUUCUGGAAUGACACGAUUCCAGUGCUAAACAUCCAAGUGAAAAUUCUCCCAGCUCUUUGUACUGUAGCAGGCACCAUAUUCUCGUGUACAAACUACUUUGGUGUGAUCUUCACAGGUGGUGUUGGCAAAAAUGGAUCAACAAUAGCAGGAACAAGUGUCCUUUCACCAUUUCUUCACAUUGGAUCAGUGAUUGCAUUAGCUGCCAUGAUCUACAAGAAAUCUGCGGUGGAACUCUUUGAAAAACAUCCUUGCCUCUAUAUACUGACGUUUGGUUUUGUUUCCGCUAAGAUAACUAACAAACUGGUGGUUGCGCAUAUGACCAAAAGUGAGAUGCACCUGCAUGACACAGCAUUCAUAGGCCCAGCACUUUUAUUUCUUGACCAAUAUUUUAAUAGCUUUAUUGAUGAAUAUAUUGUACUUUGGAUUGCCAUGAUAUUUUCUCUUUUUGAUUUGCUCCGGUACUGUGUCAGUGUGUGCAAUCAGAUUGCUUCCCACCUUCACAUCCAUGUUUUCAGAAUCAAGACCUAUUCCACAUAUUCUAAUCAUCACUAGUUAAUUACAUGAUUGUUACAAUAAAAACAAUUGUUUUCUACUGGAGAGAAUACAAAUAUACUGAGGAGACUAUGGAAACUGGAGCAGACAGGAACAAAUCUCAUUUAUAAUAAUGUUGUAUAACUUCUACUCUUUGUUAUUGAUGACACUCCUUAGCUAGCCUCCUCCACUGAAAUGGGAGUUCUAUGCACUCUCCAGUCGAACAUGUAUUGUUUGAUCUGCUAGCGGUGUGCCCAGGAAAGCAUGCAGAGAGUAAAGCUUUGUCUUUGUAAUUACCUUGACCAAGGACAUGUUCAUGGGUGUAUGGAUUCCCAGCAGCAAGAAGUUCUAACAUAUGUGAGAACAUAUGUUAACAAACUGUCAGACAAUUUACUUUUUAAUUUUAAUAAAUCAUACCUUAGUAAAAUACUCAUUUAGUACCUACUCAAAAAUAAUUACUAAAGAGUUGAGCUUCUGUGACACACAGAUAUCCCACUAGCUCAUGUGGCUGGACUGUCUUGGACAUGAGUCUAGGUCUUGAUCUCAUUUUUCACCUAUUGCUGAUAACUGAAGUAGAUUAUUAAGAGUCAGAAAUGACACUUUCACAUUGCUGCACAUUGUCUCUCGAAACUGGGCCUUGAAAAGUGCCAUCUUUGGAAGCAAUCCGCCAUGGUUGAGCAGUCUCUCUUCAUUUCAAUUGGGUGAUGUAGGUCUGCUGAAUGCAAGUUGCUCAGCCACUGUGCUUGAUAAAUUGCACCUUUGUCAUUAAAGUUCUGCCCCCAGGACCCUGUGAUGGCAGGUGGGGGGGUAUUGAUUGUCAGCAUGCAGUACAGUGUGGUAUCUGUCAGUUUAUUUUUUAAAAUAAACAUUUAAAUAGUUUAUUUCUCCACUUUCUUCAGUGAAAAGUCUAAAAAAAUUACUUUUUUGUAUAAAAUUUAUGCAAAAAAUUAUUUCUGCUCUUUAAUAAAUAAGAAAAUUCUCAUAA